AAACGUAACAAUAUAAGAAAUAAAAAAAAAUUACAAUUUUCGCUGUCUCACUUUUUGGUUUGGUUUCUUCCUCUUUUUCCAUUUGCAGUAUUUGGGUUUAGACUUGGUUGGUCGUCAACAGAGUCUAUCUCUAAUCUCUCUAUACUCUUCAUUCAUUCUCUUACGAUUCUUCUUUAUUUCAUUUUUCUUUCAAGACAGUGAAUUGGUCAAUUCGUUUUCUUUCAAUUCGUCGGAAAUGGCCGAUCAGUUAGCUAGGGCUGAGGAAUUCGAGAAGAAAGCUGAAAAGAAGCUCAGCGGUUGGGGCUUAUUCGGCUCUAAAUACGAAGACGCUGCUGAUCUCUUCGAUAAAGCUGCAAAUUCCUUCAAGCUUGCUAAAUCAUGGGACAAAGCGGGAUCAACCUACCUAAAGUUGGCGAAUUGUCAUUUAAAGUUGGAAAGCAAGCAUGAGGCUUCACAGGCUUACGUUGAUGCUGCACAUUGCUAUAAAAAGACCAAUAUAAAUGAGGCUAUAUCUUGCUUAGACCAUGCAGUGAAUCUUUUGUGUGAUAUUGGUCGACUCUCUAUGGCUGCCAGAUAUUUGAAGGAAAUUGCAGAGUUGUAUGAAUCCGAACAGAAUAUUGAGCAGGGUGUUGUUUACUAUGAAAAAUCAGCCGAUUUUUAUCAAAAUGAAGAGGUGACAACUUCUGCAAACCAGUGCAAGCAGAAAGUGGCCCAAUUUGCUGCUCAGCUGGAACAUUAUCAGAAGUCAAUUGAGAUUUAUGAAGAGAUCGCACGCCAAUCGCUAAACAAUAACUUGCUGAAGUAUGGAGUUAAGGGCCAUCUUCUUAAUGCUGGCAUUUGCCAACUUUGCAAAGGGGAUGUUGUUGCCAUAAACAAUGCAUUAGAGAAAUAUCAGGAAUUAGAUCCAACAUUUUCAGGAACGCGUGAAUAUAGAUUAUUGGCGGAUAUUGCUUCUGCAGUUGAUGAAGAAGAUGUUGCAAAGUUUACUGAUGUUGUCAAGGAAUUUGAUAGCAUGACCCCUCUGGAUUCUUGGAAGACAACACUUCUUUUGAGGGUGAAGGAAAAGCUGAAAGCCAAGGAGCUGGAGGAGGAUGAUCUCACAUAAAUUGCAAUUUAGCAUUCUAAUGGUUGAACUUAAUAUUUGAUGAUUUUCUUUGUUCUAUGCUUGUAUGUCCUGUUGUUCCCCCCUACACAUGUAUUUCAUAGAGUGUACUUAUUUUGGUUUCAAACUGAAUCGGUCGGACUGAAUUCAAGGAGUGAGUUUCAAUGAGGUUGCUUGAGUAUGAAUGAAACUACUAUGAUUUCUUGUUUACAGUGGUUAUGGGAACCCGGUUGUAGUUUGAUA